AUGGGUAUGACUUGGAAAAUCACCAUGCCUUUGCUGAGUACGUUGGCUGCUUUGGUUAUAAUAGUGCAUUCUGCCGAGGAAGAUGCAGAACGAGAUUAUAGAUACGAGUUACGACCUAAGGCUUUGGACAUGAGACCCUCAGAUUACGGACAGACAUGGAGAAUGGCGGAGCCCUUGAUACAACAGUCCAUCAAUGUUGAUACAUGGAACGAUGACACACAAGAAGCUUCACUUGUGCGCCGAAGGCCUGGACGUAAACGAAAGCGACGUCCACCAGCGGAUUCUGCAGACGAUGAAGCACCUCGUAAUAAAUAUAUUAUAAAAGUAGAUGAAAAAAUACCUAUUCGUCAAAACUACGAACCUCUACCAGAAGAUGACGCAGAAAUGCCACGAAGACGCCGUAAGAGAAUCAGACCGAAUCGUUGGAGAGAUGAACCAGUAAACGAGGAUGCACCAAUAAGAAGACGUUUACAGAAAAGGAAACGACCGUCUUUAGAUAACUGGCCAAUUUUAAGUGAAUUUGGGGAAUUUGGUCGAGACACUAAAGAAGACCGUGAGAUUGAAGAUGGCCGUAACACCAAGGAUGAUGGCGACAUCGAUAAUGAUCGAUAUACAGAAGUAGCUCAAGAUGACGAUGAAAAGUAUACAAAAGACACAAGUGAUUUAAACCAUAAAAGGGUAGACGCAGAUGAUGAAUAUAUUGACAAAGAAAUAAAACUUCACAUGCCUCGACCAAAAUCUAAAUUUUCUUUAACGGGGAAAGUCGAGGAUGAGUCACAAUUUAUGUUGAAAGAAGAUAAAUUUCUUUCAGAAUUUUCAAUGGAAAUAAUGAAUCCUACGGACAAAAAUGAGAAAAAAUCACAGGAAUUUAUAAAUCUACAAAAUAAAAUCAAUGAAAAAUCUCCUACGAUACCUAGUAACAUGGACAUUGCACAGGACCAAAAUCCUAUAAAUCCUCAAACGUUAAAAAAUAUUUUAAAAAGAUCAAAUGGAACUAGUUUAAGUGAAAUUUUACAACGACAUAAUUUAACAUUAGCUGAUUUGUUAAGUGGAAAAGAAAACGCUAUAUCAGUGUUACGAUCUGAAGAGCUAAUAGAAACUCAUAAAAAUGUGUCAAUGUCAGGAGAAAGUGUGGAAAAUAAACUUUUCCAACCAAAAACUGAUAGUAAAGUUGCUUUGAGAAAAAAUAUUAAACAAACUAAUGGUAACACUGAAAAACAAUAUGAUCGUGAAUUUAAUGAAAGUAACAAUCGCAAAUCGGAUCGAAUCUUGUCAAAAGAAGAGUACUUACUAAGUGAAAAAGAGAAAAUUAAUGCGAGGGAAGAAAAAAAAAUUAUCAAAAAUCUUGGUAACAGUAAUAAUAUGAAUAAUACUUUAACAAUAAGCGAAGUCAAAAAUAUUCAAAAUUUAUCAAUAAAUACCAAUUCGACACCAGCCAUUCUUGCCAAGCGUCGUUUCUCAGGAGGCAUUCGAAGAAAGCUGCGUAUGAGGCCAAUGCUUAGUAAUUACAAAAGCCAACUCAAUAGAGAUUUAAUUGCAUUAAGUGCAAGACGGUAUAGUCACCAUAAUAGAAGAAACACAACCAAGGCUAAGGAAUGGAAAGAUAUGCUUCCAUUAAUGCCAAAUUUAAAUAUAACUGAUGAAGUGAAUGUAGAUGAUGAAAACACGCCUGCACCAAAAUCUGACACUGAAGAAACUACAACUACACUACUUGAUACAGAAUCAUUAACGACAUCUACAAUAACCGAUAUUGUGGAUAUGGAUAAUGAUGCCUACGACCCGCCAAUUACUACUACAGAAGAAGCAGAAACUACUACCAUAGUAUUAGAGAUAUUAGAAUCAGAAAUGCCUGCCAGUAUCACUGAAAGACCAAUAAUAACACCCAUCGUCAGAACUGUAAGUGGUCCAGGAAUGCGGCGCCAAUCUUACAAUAAUAGACUUAAGAAAAAACGAUUAAAACAUAAAACUGCAACAACUGAACCACCCCCAAAUGACGUUAAAAACUUCUUGAACAUCGGAGAUUAUGUAUCUUCUUCGGAAUUUAUACCUAGGACUCAGUUACCUAAAUUUACAAGUACUAUUGAUAUUAAAGAAGCCGUAACAGAGUUAGAGGAUUUUAUGACUACAGAGACUAUGAGUCCAAUAAACAAUGAAAUAAAAACUAAAAAGCCAUAUCUACAUGCACUAACAUCGAAAGCAACUACUGUAACAGAUUAUCCAACUAUCAUAACUACGGAAGAAACGGCGAAAAUUGAAAUCGAAGAAAUUCUAAGUGAUACUACUACCAGUGAUAAACUUUCUAAAAUAUUGAAAGAAAGGAAUAUGACCUUAAACGAGUUGCUGGAACACCGAGAACGUGGCUCUAGUCAUGUUCAUUUGGCAGAUAUUUUCCAUAACGCAUCUAGAGAACCAAAUCCACCAGAGCCUUUCCUUACUAAAUCGCUUUUAGAACCAAUAUCUAAAGAAACCUAUCCUUUAAGAGCGCUAUUAGAUGCUAAUUCACAUGAUACAACCACGAAAAGUUCUACAAACGAUCUAAUAUCACUAGUGAAUCAUGUAACAAUUCCUGUUACAAUGGCUUUUGGAAAUAAUGUUAAUGAAAACGCAGAGAAUAUGGGUAUCAUGUCAUUGUUUAAUAAUUUUACUAAAGAUGCAGAUAUAACGGAACGAACAACACUACAGAAAGAUUCUGAAGGGACUCUUUAUAAAUCGACAAUUAUAAAUGUUAACGCCACAGAUGACGAUAGCGAAACGAGAGGAAGUCGAAUGAUAAGCGAUGAUCAGGAUAUGGUUAGUUGGAACGAAAUAUUUGCAAUGGUUCGAAAACAUAAUAGGAGUACUGAUUUAGAUAAAUCUAAUAAAGAGAGGCACUUGUCAACCACUCACAAUAAUGUUACAUUUGGUACAGAUGCAGACGGUGAUGGAUUGAUUGUACAUGAAGACUUGCAACAUGCAAGUGAAAUUGAAAGCAAUGCCGUAUCUGGAUCUUUGGAAAAAGUAGAAUUUGACUCUUAUGAAAGCGGCGAGAUUUUGCAUGACCACAGUCGUAUUCCAAACAAUUUGCCUAGUAGCGCAAAAUCCGUUACAGUAGCAACUGCAAGUCUGGUAGGUUUAGCGAUGAUAUUAUUUUUAUUGACCUACACUGUGUUGAAAUGGAAGCAACAAAAGUCACGGCAGAGGAAAAAUAAUUUCCACAAUGAAAGAAUUCCCUCUCCUGUGUUUGAGAAUAGAAAGAUAAAGAAGAACUGUAGCAGCAGAAGUAUUAGUCCAAUGCUACCCACAUCAAAUAUCUACACAAUGAGUACUUUAGAGACACAGAACGGUAAAGAAUCACCUGAGUACAUGUGGGACACAUUGAGAAAACCUUUUCAGUAG